AUGGCCCUCAACUACAUUGUAACAGCUUACAAACCAACAGUGGUAACCCAUGCUUUGGUUGGUAGUUUCAUUGUUCCUACGGAACUAAAUUUAGUGCUAGCGAAAACUAAUCGCGUGGAACUGUUUUUGGUCACACCUGAAGGACUGAAACCACACAGAGAAUGUCCAGUGUUCGGACGCAUCGCAACAAUAAAACUGUUUAGGGCGCCGGGUGAGGAGGAUCACUUAUUGGUAUCACAAGCGGUACUCUAA